CUACAAUGUCGAACAGCAGCCAUUACAACAACUCCACCAGCAGCGUGGGUGGGCGCGUUCGCCCUCUGUGGUAUCAUUACCCAGAAUGUGUGGUGGCCCCUCAGCCCUUUGUCUUCUACUUUGUGGUCAAGGUGUUCAACUUGGUCGUUGGGACGCCGGGUAACAUCUUUGUCAUCUGGCAAAUCAUUUCAAAGAAGAAGAACACCUCCACAUCUGACAUCUUCAUCUUCAACCUGGCCGUGCUGGAUGCUUACUUCUGCUUGAUGAGCACGAUAGAGAUGGUCAACAGGCUGGAGCUGGGUGACGAGAAGAUCUGGAUCUUCCAAAGGUUUGCAUAUGGAGUGAAGGACCUGGCGCCACUCUUUCUUGUGUGUAUCUGUGUGGAUCGCUACAUGGCUGUAGUACAUCCUGUGUUUUUCUCUACUUACCAAGAAACCAUCACCAGAAUUCUCAUUUGUGUUGUAGUCUGGAUGUUCAUACUGCCCUACAGCAUCAUUAAGGGGGUUUGGGGAAUUAUGAGCGUGAGCGGCAUCUUCGGUGGGGUCAUCCUCUUUGCAUUUGCCGUAAUGUUGUUCUGCAACAUCUCCGUCAUCUGGGUCCUCCGUCACUCAGUGGCGGGAAAGGAAACAAUGCACCCAGUAAAGAAGAGAGCCUUUAAGAUGGUGCUGAAGAAUUUGGGAAUCAUUGUCUUCAACUACCUGCCACCUGUGGCCUUCAUGCCCUUUGUGUCUUAUUACACGUAUUUUGAGUACCGCUGUCAGAUCAGCAUCAGCGUGUUCUCUAUCAUGGAUCUGAGCUGCAGCAUUGAGCCACUGCUUUACGUCACAAAGAUGGAUGGACCGAAUUGUAUGUGCUGCAAGAAGGCCUCAGAAACGCCGGCUGAUGUCAAGGUUUAAACAAUAAGCAAAGCUCUCCAUAUUUACUGACACCCCAAUGGCAAUGACACCUGCAAGGCUUAGAAGAAAUUGUAGCUAUGGAGACCAAGAGAAAUACAUCCAUACAUUUAUUUAGUUAAAAGAAGGAGUAAAGUAAAACUUUAAAAUUAGAAAAUGUAAUUGAAAUAAUAUUUCAAAUAGUUUUUUUUAGGUACAAUUUUGCCCUGAACUUAGAAAAGAUGCCAUCUAAUUGUUUUUUCUAAGUAUUUUAUUCUGAUACAAUGCUGCUGCAGUGAAACAUUGAUUGACUUUAAACCGUCUGACACACCUGUACCAAUGAUAGCAAUAAAUGUAGAGGGUAUUGUAACUACCUUUGUUAGAUUUUUUUUUUCUUAUGAUAGGAAAAUAUAUCUUUCUUAUCUUGCAACCCUACUGUUGUGUUUUUCAUAACUGCAAAUCAAGUUUUACUUUGAUCCGUUUUAUUGACUUGGAUCUGAUAUUUUACUUAACUUCUUUGCAACAGCUUAUCUUGUCCAUCAGAAAGUGGUUCUUAUUAUAAAUCCAAUAUGUAUGUUGCAGCUGUAGAUGAACAGAUUUA